AUGGAUGCUGUGCUCGUGGUGGCGGGUUUGGCACUUCUAUGGGUGCCCAUACAUGUGAGCCUCACCUUCAGCGAUUUUGUGGACCUGAGACAAUGGAUUUCCUCCAUGACAGAGCGGGAGGUACAGGAUGAACGUAAGGAAGCGAGGGCAACCAGGAUUGAAGAGGAACUGUUGAAUCUUCGCCAGAGGAACUACAAGUGUGUCAGCCGCUGCGUGUGCCACAUCAACUUGUUGACCAUUUGUGGCUUGAUCCAUGAAGCCGUCGCAGUUCCAGGCUUUGACACGUUUGCAGCAGCUAUAUUUUGCAUCUUCGGCUACGCACAACACCUGAUGGUGGGGCACGAGCUGGUGGAAUUGACGGCAGGUAGACUCAAGUUUCUUUCCUGCACCAUGCAUGUGAUGUUGGCCCUGCAAAUUAUCAGCACCGCUGCCAACGGCACGGACUCCUUGAAAUUUGCAAUGAUGCAAGGCUUUCAGGUCGCGAUUCGCUUUUGCGCAGUCGUCCUGUUUUUAGAUCCAUGGAUCACUAUCCCUUUCCAGUUUCUGUACACAGCAAUGGACAUGUCCGCGUUCCUCCUUGUGUUCGACCAUUCGGGUGCGGCUCUUUCGGGGCUAUGUGUCAGCCAUUUCUUCAUCCUCACCACCACCACUGCAUGCUCCUUGAUCGUUGACUGGCUUCUGCGGGGCCGAUUUGAUGCUCUCCUUGACACCACCGAUGCAGAGUCAUUGGUGUGUAGCUUCCGCCGGGUACUGAGGGGAGCAUGUGACGGGGAAGUUCUACUGGACAGCCAGAUGAAGGUUGCCCAGGAGAGCCAGUGCUUACAGCAUUUGAUCUUGACGAAUGUGAGUCUGAAGGGCCGAUCUUUUCCACAUUUGCUGGUGGAUCAGGAUGGGCCACGCUUCAGGGAAUCCUGGGAUCCAGUUGAGGACCACCGUUUUUCCCCACUUGGACCACAGUCUGUUGCGUUUGGGGCGGAAGUAUCGUUUUUUGAUCCUGAAAGGCCCUGCCACUGGAUUUCCUGCAGCCAAGGUAUCUAA